GUGUACGUGUCGCGUGACAUGGGGACAACGUGGACGGAGGCAGUCGGGAAACUCUUGGGCGUGUGGGUCAACUCAGGAUCGGGAGCCUCUCAGGAUUCAAGCCUGCAUGUGGAUGCCCUCAUCACCGCGACCAUUGAGGGAAGGAGGGUCAUGCUGUACACUCAGAGAGGGAACUCCUUGGGGGAAAACGCCAAUCCGCUCUACCUUUGGGUCACGGACAACAACCGCUCGUUUCAUGUUGGACCGGUUGGCAUGGACAAUGCUGAAAAGGAGGAGCUUGAGAGCGCACUGCUGUACUCGGAUGGCAAGUUGCAUCUUUUACAACGGAGGGUCAGUGGUGAGGGCAGUGUCAUUUCACUUUCCCGCCUGACGGAGGAACUGAAGGAAAUUGAGUCCGUCCUCAGUACUUGGGCGCAAAAGGACAUUUUCUUCUCCAGCUUGUCUAUACCCACGGCGGGGCUGGUGGCAGUUUUGUCCGAUGCGGCCGGAGAUGACACGUGGUACGACGAGUACCUUUGCCUGAAUGCAACGGUUAAGAAUGCGGUAAAGGUCAAAGAUGGGUUUCAGUUGACGGAGUCUAACUCCGGGGUACUAUGGUCUGUGAACACUCGGGACAAUAAUUUGCGGCAUGUGUUUUUGAGCCACGACCUCACACUUGUGGCGUCGGUGACCAUCGAAAAGGCUCCGAGCGGGAAAACUCUACUGACUGCGACGUUGGGUGACACUAAUUACAAUCACACCAUGGGACUGUCGUAUACGGCGGAUAAGAAGUGGGAGACGAUAUUCAAAGGCGAUAAAAAACCAACAACGGAAAGCAGGCCUUGGGAGCCGAAGAAAGAACACCAAGUGGCACUCAUGCUCCAAGGCAAAAAGGCCUCUGUGUACAUUGAUGGUCGGUCGCUGGGGGAAGGAGAAGCGCUGCUAACAGAUGAGAAGUCACUUGAGUUUGUGCGCUUCUGCUUUGGUGCGUGCGUUCAGGAGUCAAGUCCGACGGCCGCCGGCCAGAAAACUAAGGUGACGGUUACGAACGUCUUUCUGUACAACCGUCCACUGAAUUCCACUGAGAUGCGUGCAAUCAAGGACAGGAUCCCCAUUCCGAAGAGAGGCCCGGGAUCACAGGUGGAGGGUGGAACGGAAAGGAGGCAUAUCCCUCGGAUUGAGGGUGUGCGAGCCAAUGCGCCUGUUGGGAGCGGACUGCUGCCGCUGCUUCUUCUGCUGGGACUGUGGGUGUUUGCGGCUUUGUGA